AUGAAGUCGGAGGUCUACUGCAAUGGUCCCUUCACUGUGGCCUUUGAAGUGUACGACAACUUCUUCGGCUACUCCAGUGGAGUCUACAACGAGGUCUCUGGCAACGUCGCGGGGGGCCACGCCGUGACGUUGGUGGGCUUUGGCACACUGAAUUCAGAGGACUACUGGGAGUUGAUGAACAGCUGGGGCAGUGGAUGGGGCGACGGGGGCUUCUUCAAAAUGCUCCGCGGUGUCAACUUGGCGUCAAUCGAGAGUUGGGGCAGUUCAGCUGCGCACGUGGCGCGCACACAGGGGUCAUGGGUGUACGACGAUUGGGCCGGCUGCUCCCCUGAAUCGGCGCCCCCUCCUGGCCAGGGCCUGACGGCAGAGAUCUUCUACUUUCCCCAAGGAGACCUUAUCCCGGACUUUGCCGGCAAGACGCCAGACCUCAAGCGCGUGGUGCCUCGCCAGACCCGAAUUCCCCAACCCUAA